GCUGCACAACUACUGAAAACAAAUUCGCUCAACGCUCCAACAAAUUCCAACGGCAACAACAACAAAAGCGCCAACGGUCGCCGAGCAACCGCUGCAAAGGAUUGAUAGAGGGGGGAAGUGGUGGGGGUGCGGGUCGAGCGGUAUUCGAAUUGGAACGGGAACGGGAAGAAGAUGCCGCUGCUAUUUACGGGCUUCAACGCAUUUGGCCAGCAUGAAUGUGUAAGCGGCGACGUCGACUGCGCAGCCGGCUUCAGCGAAAUAAAUGCGCCAGUCUCGAACCAGAACCAGUGCACGAUUUCGAUCGGCUGGCGGUAUGCGGCCCUCGCUUUUGGCCGGAAGUUGUGCCUGCGUGGGCUCUUGGAUGAUGGCCCAAAUGAGUGCGUGACCCUGGAGGCAACGGGGGACAUAAGGGCCAUUGCUGCCGCCGAUUCCCACUGCCUUGUGCUACUCCAAAGCGGUCAGCUUUACAGGGUGCAACCCAAACUGCAGGCGGAACUGGUGACUGUUAGGCUAGAAGCUGCUCCCAGAUCCAAUUCGGGUACAAAGCGCUCGAUCUUUGGGGCUGCCAAGGCGCCUUCGUCGCCGAUCAUAGAGCAUAUCGCAUGUGGAUCGCACAUAAACGUAGCGAUCAGCUCGGAAAAUUGUGUCUACAGCAUUCCCAGCUGCCUGCAUCAGUUUUCCGAGCGCCAGUUUCGGGUGAAGCAGCUCCAAUGUGGCCAUGAACAUGCCGUGCUCCUCAAUGCCAAUGGUGACGUGUUCACCUGGGGAAAUGGACUCCGCGGACAGUUGGGACUGGCGGUGCUGAGAGUGGAAGAGACGCCUCAAUUGCUGGAGGCGCUGGCGGGGAUCAAGAUAACGCGAAUUGCUGCCGGUGGUUGGCACAGUGCGGCCAUAUCCGCCUUUGGAGACCUCUACACCUGGGGCCUCAACUGCAGCGGUCAGCUGGGAAUGCGUGUGAUGAAACCCGGCGGCGUCCUCAAAGAGCCCACUGUAUAUCCGCUGCCUCAGUUGCAAGAUCUGCCCGAAUGUGACUGCUCCCAAGGCGGGGAGAGCAACAAUGAUUGUGAGCCGCUGAGGGUGUUCGCUGGAUCUCGUCACACUCUGCUGAUCCGCCGAUGCGGGCGGCUAUGGGUCAGUGGUUGGUGCAAGCACGGUCAACUUGGCAGGCAACUCCAAAACCUGUCCUAUGUGGAUGCCUUUCAGGCCCUGGAAGGUAUAAAGAUGAACCCUACUGCGGAUGAUGUUCUCUGUGGGCCAUGGUCAACGCUGCUCCAAUUGAAGUCAAUAUCUACCGUUCCCGAUCCUAUAGGCGAAUUUUCCGCUCUAUGGUCCGCGAUCGAGUUCAACGCUUUUAUGUUAUUUGCCAAAUGAAAAAGUAAAAACAAAUGUUUAUCUUAUAAUGCACUGGGUGGCAGUUCAGUGCAGUUCUGGCGACACGCACACAUGUGGUGCGUAAACAGGCUUUGCUUUUGGGGCUUACACUUCAUUGCUUAUUUUUCCUUUUUUAACUUGGCAAAUAUUGUUAUCAUCGAAAAAAGAAAACACGCGGUACAAAAUAAGCAAUAAAGUGGGGAGGCUUGUCACUUUUAGGUCGCAAAACUAUUUGCUGCUAGAAAUUGCCACCGCACGGUGACUAAGAGAGAUAGAGAGAGAGGGUCAGAUGAGUCCAGAAAGAGAUGGCUGGAUCGCCCGGGGAGUUCAAGCGCCUUGCUCAAGGCAAUUGCUGUCUGCAGCUUAUCAGGGCAACUGGAACCACUCCAAGCAGCAAGUACGAAAAAGUGCUAAUUGUAAGCCCCCCAUUUUCAAAGGGGCUCUCUUUUCGUUACUCGAAAAUUGUAAUUCAUGCGUGCCAGCAGACGCCAAAGUUUCAACAGAACUCAGUCAAUCAUAACCAAAAACGAAUAAAAAAACAACAGGAACAAAAAGUGCCCAAGAACACUCCUCUUUGGCCUGAAAGUUGUCUGCACCUUCGGUUUGGGGAGUGUUUAUGUUUGCCCUCUGUCCAGGGGGAGAUCCCUCCUCCAAGUGCGUGCCACUCCGCAUGCAACGCUGAGCAAGUAGUGGCCACCAGUAGCCGAUUCGCAGUCAGAUCCAUGUCCAAGUCCAGAAGCCGAACCAUCAACUCCCGACUCGAUAAAACCGCAGGGAACGCACGAAAGCGGCUUAGUGUUAAAUAAAUUAUUCUAUUUUCGAAAUUAAUUAGACUAAUAUAUCUGCUAAAAACUAAAAUUAUAAUAAAGACAAAAUGGAUUAGAGAA